AAAAAAAAAAGCAACAAAGGAACAAAAGAACAAAACAACGAAGCAACAAAGCAGCAAAAGCAGCGGUCAUACCUGCGAGGGAAAAAAACUACGCCGCUGGAGAAGCAACUGCCACAGAACAAGCACAGAAAUAAUAACCGAGGAGAGGACGGCUAAUCCGAUUUGGCAGACGCACCAGUCAAGGUGGUACAACCUUUCCUUACCCCACGUCGAGCAGCCGAAUGGAAUGAACCGUCCCCCCUGGAACAAUGGAGGAGUCCAGUCCGCAGAGCCCUAAAAAGGAAAAGAAAAUAAAAAAGGGCCAAAGGCCCAUGGUCGUCAGUAACAGGAAGCCAUUUAACAUUUUUGAGAAGAAGAAAACGGCCAAGCCGAUCGUCCGCGACCCGCGGUUUUCCAACCUUUCAGGCACGCUGAACCCGAGCUUCUUCAAAAAGGCAUACAAAUUUCUGUACGACAAGAGAGAGGAGGAAAAGGGAAUCAUCGAGCAGAAGCUCAAGGGAAAGAAACUCACACAGGAGGAGAGACAAGAACUUAAGAACAAGCUGAAUACCUAUAAGGACACGGAGCGGAUACUGCAAAGGAAGGAGGAGGAGCGAAAACUAAAACAGGAGCUUGUCACAGAGGAGAAAAAAAAUAUAUUACAUAAAAAUAAGCAGCCAUUUUACUACAGCCAGAGAAAGAUUAGAAAGAUGGUGAAUGAGCAAAUGGCCAAAAAGGGUAGCAUCAAGAAGGCUGUGAAGAAGGAAAAGAAGGUUGUGCAGAGGGAGCGCAAGAGAAACAUGAUCCCCGAGAGGCGCCUCGUUGGCGACGUGUAA